CGGUACUGUGCACGCCCCUCUUCCCACCCCGCUCUCUGCGCGGAGCUUGUCGCCUGCCUCGUUUGUCUAGCGUUUGACAGAAGCUUAGCGGGCAGCGCCUCAGAACUGGCGUAAGGUAGCGCCGAAUGAGGGGCCGGGGGAAAUGCCGACCAAUUGCGCCGCGGCGGGCUGUGCUGCUACCUACAACAAGCACAUUAACAUCAGCUUCCACAGGUUUCCUUUGGAUCCCAAAAGAAGAAAAGAAUGGGUUCGCCUGGUUAGGCGCAAAAACUUUGUGCCAGGGAAACACACUUUUCUUUGCUCAAAGCACUUUGAAGCCUCCUGUUUUGACCUAACAGGACAAACUCGAAGACUUAAAAUGGAUGCUGUUCCAACCAUUUUUGAUUUUUGUACCCAUAUAAAGUCUCUGAAACUCAAGUCAAGGAAUCUACUGAAGAAAAGCAACAGUUUUACUUCAGCCGGACCAUGUAAUUUAAAGCUGAAUAGUAGUCAACAAGUACUGCUCGAACACAGCUAUGCCUUCAGGAGCCCUGUGGAGGCGAAGAAGAGGAUAAUUAAACUAGAAAGAGAAAUAGCAAGCCUGAGAAGAAAAAUGAAAACUUGCCUGCAAAGAGAACGCAGAGCGACUCGAAGAUGGAUCAAAGCCACAUGCUUUGUGAAGAGUUUAGAAGCAGGCAACAUGCUACCUAAGGGCAUCUCAGAACAGAUUUUGCCAACCGCCUUAAGCAGUCUUCCUUUGGAAAAUUUAAAAAUUCUUCAACAAGAUCAGCAAGAUAAAACAUUACCAGUUCUCUAAAUGUAAGAUAGACAAGAAUAUCUGCACUUAAGUUUUCCUUACACAGGACCCAAUGCCUAUCUCCUGCCGUCGCCAACCAUACUCGGGCUAUUACACUACAAUCAAGUGCUUAAGUUUUACUUGAAGUAGCAAUAUCACUGGUGGAGACCUGAGAAAGUGUCAGUGACAAGUUUGGGAAUGAGAAGAAGUGCCUUACAUGAGGAUUAUGUACUUAGACUUCAUUGUCCUAGGAAACCCUGUUAGAGGUUGUUUCUGGUUGUGUUCCUUUAAGCUAAUAGGGAUGACAAAUGAUAUGUUCCUACAAGUGAAGGCAUUCCGCACCAAAGCUGGGCUAGUACAUUCAAAAGAACAUGUCAAGUAGGAGCUAGUCACGUUAAACAUGAGCUGAAACUACUGGACUUUCUAUGAAUUAAAUUAUUGGGAUAGUGGUUGAAAAUUUGUAGACUAAAACCUCUGGGGUACAGGGCAAGGGUUUUUUUCUUUCUUUCUUUUUUAGCCUUUUGUAUUUUAACCAGUGAAAGUAAGCUUAUCAUGGCCUUCCUUAUAAGAACAUUGGAUUUAAAAGUAGGUUGUAAAAUAAUUUGAAAAUAGCAUUUUGAAUGUGAAAUACCUUUGAGACUCCAAACUAAGGCAAGGCCUCAAGUACCUCAGACUGGGAAAAGCUGGUGAGUUAUAUUUAACUUCUAAGAAAAUACACAGGAAAUAAUGCAGAAUCUGAAGUCUAGCUUUUACCUUGAUGAACUAAAUAGGCAAAUGCAUACUAUUCUUUUUCUUAUAAUAGAAAUAUUGAAUUUCCAAAUUCACAGUUGAUACAUUGAUAAACACUUUUAGACCAUUUGUUCUUUGUGUUGAUAGCAAAUUCUUAAGCUGGUGAUUCUUUUCGUGACUACUACUUAGUUGUCUUUUUAUGUCAAAAAUAGCGUCUGCCCUUUAAUAAAUCGCAGUAUAAUUUAAUCACAGGGAAGUACUUACUAUGCUGUGUUUCAGACCCAGGACAAGCAGCUGAGGAACAUAUUUAGCACAUCAAGGUGAGGCUAUGAAAACUUCUAAGAAGGUAUCUGAGAGCCUAAGAAGGUGUUAGGAGGUUGGGAAGUUGAGCAUAGAGGCUGCGGUAUGCCAUCCAUGCCUGGUAACAGACAGAGACUGGGGAUCUGAGUGGAGCCCAGGUCCACUUUGGUAUACUAAAUAUGCACCUCAGCCACUUGUCCUGGCUCCGAAACCCAACAGUGCUACGUUAAAACAGACUCAGUUUUUCUUACCCAUCAGCUUGCUUUUUAACAUUCUUUUUUUAGAAAAUCAAAACUUUAAUUCAUAAUGGAAGUAAAAUACAGUCCUCUAAAAUAAUGUGUCUCUGUGAUAAAGCUAUGCAAAUACUGAUAUUUAUAAAACAGAAAUAUCGAGAUGGCUCUUCUGGUACCACUUGUACCUUGAAAAGGCCUUAUUGUCACUAACUGUCUAAUAAAAGGGCCCUCCCUUCAAAAUAAGAGCCCUUCCUUCAAAUUCAAAGCCCUUCCUUCAAAGAGCUUUGGCUAAGGAAGUGCAUUCACAUAAGUUAUUUAGUUCUUCCAGUUUGUGAGAUCACCAUAAGAAUGUAACAUGCCUGAUCGCAAAUAACUGUAAAUCUUUCCUACACAGAGAUGGGAUUUGGACUCUCUGUCAUCUCUUGAGCUGUUUCUGUCUGUCCUGCCAAGUUAUCAGCACUGUUUAGUAAGGACCAUGUUUCCUGCAAACACAGUGGAUGGCUGUCUUAGUUUCUGUGUGAUGCUUAUAACCAAUACUCUGUAAGUUCUUUUAUAGAUGUGAUCAUCCUUGUUAGCUAUCUUAAGUAUUGGGUAAAGUUCCUUAAACUUGUCAUCGUAUAGUUUUUCCUAAUGCUGGUUCAUGUGUCUUUAUAUUAUGUCAACUAUCAACUGCAAACACACUGACUAGUACCUACUUGGUAGCCUAAAAUAAGCGGGGCAACUUAUCAUAUUAACAUAACCUAUGUUCUCAAAAUGUAAACUUUCGUAUGGCUUCCCAUGUUCGCCAAGCACUAAUUAAUGUGGUCUGGUUAGGGUUAAUACUUGAUAUUUAAUACACUUUUAAAUCAUAAAUGUACAGCAUUGUAAAACACAAUGCACUUUUGGCAAAGUUGCAUAUCUUCACUCAUUAUUAUCAGCCUUUAGUUUCUUUGGGGUGUUUUGUUUGUGUGCUGGAAAUUGAACCCAGGGCUUCCUGCAUGCAUACGCCCCUGCUGAGCCAGAUCCCCAGUCUUUUACAGUCACUAUUUUUGGACUUCAUUGAAUAAACAAUCCUCAGUAAAUGUAAUUUUCUUCCUAUUUUCUUCAUGUUGUUUUUCCUGGUAACAUGCUUCAAAGUGUCUUUACAUGACUGUAUUAAUAACACACCUGUCUGCCUUUAAAAUAGCUUCCUAGCUGAACAUGCUAACACAUAUCCGUCAGGCUAGAAUGGAAGGAGAAGGAAGAGAAGGUGGGGAAAAGUGAAUUCCAAGCUUUUAAAAACAGUCUAGGAGUCUUAAAAUCCUGCCUUCAGUUUGCUGAUAGAUUUUAGUUUUUUUUUUUUUUUUAGUUGACUGCAUAGUGUAAAACUGAUGGUGAGGUGUGAUGAAGCCCAGAGACAAAUGUUCUCUAGGCUUCAGAGGAAUGGGGAGUGGGCCCAAAACUUGAGCCAGCCCAGGCUAUUUGAGUCCUUCUUUGGGAAAUAAACCAAUCAGAAUUACCACAGCUCUCGACAGUCAUGCAUGCCUCACAGAUCUUCUAUCUAUCCAGUGUGUCUACAAGCUGCUAACAUCCACAAAGAAAAAGCUAAGAAUGAAAACAACUGAAGGUUAGGAACUUACUUGAUAGGAAGGCAAGUACUGGACUGGGAGAUGUGACCCGUUCAGCAUGCAUCAAGUCCAAGGUUCAAACUCCAACACCCAAAGGGGUUAGAUAUGACAUUCUCUGCCCUUCUGUUGCUGCAAGCCUCCUGAAAGAACGGUGCUUGAAUACGAGGUGAAUUCUGUGAAAGAAGUAGGUGUAAGAUGCUUCAGUACAUACUGUGGACUGGAAACUCAAUGGGAAAAUGUAGAAACUUCAGACUUACUUACAACCAAGUGACUCUCUUUUGAAAUAAAAUGGAUUUCUCUUAAAAUGACUGGUGAGAGGUAGGCAGAACACUAGGCUUUGGCCUGAGUUCAGUGUUUCUGGGUCCUAACCCUUUAAAAUACACACACACACACACUGAACAGAUCGAAAUGAUAACUUUGCCAAAAGGUCAAAGCUGAGAACUAGAAUAUUUGGAAUUUGGUAUUUUGGGGAAAAAAUAAUGCUAUUGACAGGAUUCUGAACUAACUCAUGAAACAGUUGUUUUUCAGUCUCUGCCUUUCUCCUUGCAAGCUGGAUUCACACAAGAAGGUACCUCUGUUUAUUCUCUCGCACACUACUCUGUCCCACUUGCAGAGAUGUGAAUGCCUGAGGUCUACACAGUCUCGGAUGAACACGUGUCUUCUACCCUCCAGUUCUCUUUUUAAUAUGUUAUUAAAUUAGGAAAAAUCAUGCGUUUUAGAAAAGCAGAGGAUAAACUUUAACUGUACUAAAGUUGUUUGAGAUACUUGCUCAUGGUGUGUAUGGAGAUUUUGUUGUGUUCUCUCAUUUCUCAGUGUUAGAAAACGGGUACGUUUUUAUUUUGAUAUGAUAGAGAAACUAAACUUUAUAUCAGGAGGGGAUUCUUUUGAUAUUUAUACAGUCGAAUACUUUACAAAGUUAAGGAUUUUGUAAUGUCUUAUUAAACCAUAACAUUGUACUCACAAAAAAAGUAUUUGGAAUUUGUUACUAUUAAAAAGUUGUUUCCCAUGGAA